UUUCCUCAUAAUGGAAAGGAUUAUAUCAUUCCGGUAACCAUGCAUAAGAUCAAAAAUAAGCUUGAGGUGAACUAUACGAAUAUUGUGCCACAAGGUAAGGAGUUUACACCCUCAGACUAUAUUUUGCAGGAUUUAG